AUGGAGAGUGCGUCGAAGCGCAAGGCGGGCAACGCUGCACUGAGCCCGGGCGAGGCUCGGCCUGCAAAGCGACAGAAAGCGCCGAGCGCCGGCGGAGAGACAGCCGAAUCGACUACGGACAUGGGCUUGAAGUUCCUAGACAGCUUGAAGCAGGCCAAAGACAAGACCGGACGACCGAUUGCAGUGCAUUUCAUGACACUCCCAGACAAGAACGACCUACCAGACUACUACGAAUUCACAAAGCUACCACUCGCAUUAGACACCAUCGAGGGCAAACUCACAAACGGCGAAUACACAUCUCUCGCCCAGGUCGAGAGCGACUGCAAGCGCCUCGUCAACAACGCAAAGGCGUACAACGAUAAGAAGUCCAUCAUCUACGAGGACGCCGAGCGACUCCGCAAGACCGCAUCAAAUUGGAUGGUCAAGCACAACCCUGCGUACCGAGACGGUAGCUAUGUUGCAGUCGCUACACCCAUCCCAGGCGAGGAACAUGCGCCGCCUGGGAGACCAACUCCACGUAUUGCGUCUACCCCAAGAGCUGCAGCCACACCUACACCUGUAUCUACAAUAGCUACCGAACGGCCUCGGCGCGCUGCGGCACUGGCACAGCCAGAGACACCCGUUCCUUCGAAGCUGAGACAGUCGGCCUCUGCUGCGCCAGAGCCGAGAUCAUCCACUACACGAGGAGCUUCCAACCUGUCAUUCCAGCAUGCUCAGGAGCAGAUCAUUCAAGAAGUCAUCGACCACACAGAUCCAGGUGGUGAUUUGAACAUUUUCCAGCCUUUUGUAAACCUUCCCACUCGUGCGUUGAAGGACUAUUACCAAUUGAUUAAAGACCCCAUGUCCCUUUCGGCCAUUAAGAAGAAGGUUCAAGGUGUAGUCGGUCGCGAUGCACCUACCGGACAUACUCUGUUUAAGAGCUGGGAUGCCUUUGAAAACGCCAUGAGUCUCGUUUGGAAAAACGCACGCAUCUAUAAUGAAGAUGGAAGUGAGCUAUACAACCUUUCGCUCGAAUUAGAGGAAAUCUUCAACAAGAAGCUCGCUGCAAUGAAGGCCAAAGUUGACGAACCACCGCAGCCGAAGCUCAAGCUCAACAUGUCUGGUGCUGCGCCAACACCGGCGCCUAAGCAGCAACUCAAGCUGAAGCUCAGGCAAAGUCCAGGAUCGGGGUCAAACACGCCAGCUACACGUGACUCAGCUACGCCUGGUGUCAUAGUAGACAAUGAGGCGCUUCUAAGGCAACAAAGACAUGUCAAUGAUAGCAUGGGCGGCCGACGGUCACGUCCCUCUGACAUUGCCACUACGCCAGUAGCGUCAAAUCCGUUCUCCGGAGCGAGAGGGUCUUCUGCUAACGUCGUUCCUAUUCCCGUUGCACAGAUAAAGACCGCUGGCUCUCCAUCAGCGGCGAAUGGUGUGAAGCAGGAUGUGCAGUCACCGGCGUUGAGCGCAAUCAGGCCUGGUAGCAACGCACCAGAUUCGCAACGACCAAGUAUCACUGCUCAAACACCACUACCAGUCAUGGCACCACCACAUUCAAUAUCGCGUCCAACGAGCGGCAGCCCACAUCCCAACGGCCUCUACAGCCAGCAAAACGGCUUAUCCACUCCCAGUUUCCAGCCACCAACCCACUACGUACCGCCAUCUAUCCCUCGCACCGACGUCUUCCGCAAAAUGCCUCUUAAGAGCAUUAGCGAAGCCCUCAUCCCCCGCCUGACUCUCAACACGCACCCUGCACUCAACCUCCCACACCCCUGGACCAUGACCAUCCCCGCGAGCAAGACCAAAACACAUCACAGUGCCACCGUUGUCGUCUCACCCACACAUUCUUAUCUCCAAAUCACACCCAAAGUCCCUAUUGCUGUAACAAAUCGCCUCUAUCGCCUCUUCGUAUUGGUAAAUGGUAACAAAACCUUUGAAGUGAACCGCAUCCCUGUCACUGCAGGCAUCAACGGUGGCGCAGAGGGUGCCGGAUUCGAAGGAGGGAAGAAGAAAGGCGAGCCAGUGUUUGAGGCGAAAUUAAUAGGCGGCGUCAAUAGGAUCGAGGUGGAAAUCGUUGCCGAAAAGGAAGAAAACGACGGGGAGACUGUGAGUGGGAAGGAUGCGGUUGAGAUUGAGAAGUGCACAGUGUUUUUGAAUUUGGCGAGGCAGGGAUACUAG